AUGAGAAGCAGCCUGUGCACAAACGUAAACCGCCGCGAGAGUAGCAGCGGCAUCUCUACCCGUCUCAUCCGGACCAACCCCAACCUCUUCAACCUAUCCUCGAACACGAUCAAGCAGGCGAGUGCAGGAAGCGCCAUGAUGAACGCUACGAGUAGACCGGCCGAGAUGAAUCUGAUCACCCACACGCUGGACCGACUUCUGUCCAUCUCGAGUAGAGUACAGCCAGCCCCCCAGCGCCUGCGUCCACAGCAAGCCCUGCAAGGCAAAGAGAUUCAAGGCCUGUGGGGCGCCGAGGAAGACGAAGACGGCGACCCGGACCUACGUGUGCUCCUGCAGCGGCCGGGGCAGCGGGGCAGGGCCCGUGGUGGCAGACGCCUGCUAGUCCAGCAGACUCCGGUCUUGCAGCGUGAGGAGGAAGCCGCCACGGACCGACCGCUGCGCGACGCUCCGGGCUGCAAGCCGCACCAGCAGCGCUAG